GACGGACUUCGGCGGGGUGGACUUUUACUACCCGAUCACGAACUUGGAGAUAAAGUCCGACAACCCCGAUGGCGUGCAGUCGUGGAAAUUGGACACCUUCUGCGAGGAAAAGUCGCGGUCGUACGAUUUCAUCCUCCAAAACGGCUGGAUGAUGACACCGGUGGUGACGGACUUGAAAGUUUCCACGGGCGACAACUGCAUUAUUAUGCAUUGCAAAAGUAUCGCGCUCGUAGUAAUCGCAACCACGUUCAUGACGCACCAUGACAAAUUUAAUGCUCGUACGUGAUUCAGCAUGACAGAUUUUUGCGUUUUUGUUGUUGAGAAAAUUUUUUGUAUAUGCGAUUUAAGUACAAGUAGCACGAGACUUUUGCAAUGCAUAAUGAUGAAGCCGAAGAAGUUUCAGCUGAACGUGACAGAGUACCUGAUCGAGUGCCCCCAGUCCACGGAGUACAUCGGAAUUACCCCGAUGCUGAAAGAUAUCGGGACCCGGAUGCUGGUCAACGACGACCUGUUCCCCGCCAACGAGGAAAUCGAUAUGGCAUUCUCAAACGUUACAUUCUCAACUGUUACAUGGAUUUGUCAUGCAAAGCUACCUGCUGAAGCCGCCAGUCGGAGAUAAUCAAGCAUCUACGCAUGACAAAUUCCCGGAGUGCUAAACAGCAUGCAAAUCUGUAAUGCAAAAGGAACAAUCUUCCCCCUUUCGCUUUUGCCGUUCUUGCAUUACAAAUUCAUGCAACAGUUGAGAAUGUAACAUUUGAGAGCUCCAUAAUCGAGCCCGUGCACUUGGAGGCCGGCGACGAGCACGUGUGGGACAUCACGUUUCUGCCCCCGAUGUAUGCAUGUUGCAAAAGUAUUUCGGACUCGUAGUUGUACUUGCAAUCAUGCAUGACAAAUUCAUUUCCAUCAUAGCCAUAGGCAUAGGCAAAUCAACAUAAACAAAUUUCACUUUUCAGAAAAGUGAAAUUUGUUUAUGCUGAUUUGCCUAUGGCUUUCGCUUUCAAUUUGCUCAACAAGAAAAUUUCUUGUUGAACAAAUUGAAAUUUGUAAAUGCAACUUUAUAGAACCAGCACGACUACGAUACUUUUGCAAUGCAUACGAUCGACCCGGACACGAAACAGGCGGUCUACGGCUACAACGCCGACUCGAAAAUCCACAUCAAGGUCACCGGCGUCCGGUUCGCUAUGGGAAUGUCAGGAUUGUUUGAAAUCGUCAAAGUUGAAACUAUAGUUUGUCAUGCAUAAAAUCGACACCACUUGGAAGCCCAAUUUCCAAGCAGCGCAUGACAAAUUUUGGCACCGUCCAAAUCCAGUUUAUCAUGCUGUUUAGGGACAGAAGGCGUCUCCUGUCAUGCUACUUUAGCAGCUCUAUCGCAGACCCCAAACAGGCUGACCGUCGGCCUCACUUGCCAUCCCUGCAAGAGAGGCACUAUAUUCAUUCCUUGCAAUUUAUGCAUGAGAAAUGAUUUCAACUCUGUCGAUUUCAAUCCUGACGCUUCCAUAUUCGCGCCCUGGGGGUUGGGCCAGGCCGCGACGGAGAUGAUCGCGUCCAUCUGUUCCGCCGCGGGUCUGGGUCUGGCGGUCGUGUCCGCGAGCAACUUCAUGGGGGUGGCGAAGUUUCUGCAGUUUCUCGGCAUUCUGGUCGCGGUCCACGGCACACCGGACGCGUUUAAAACGUUCUGCGCGUCCUUUUCCAAGGUGAAUCUGCAGUUCAACCACCUGGACGACUACAUCAAACUGCCGCACUUUGACAUCAAAAAGUACAUCCCCUUCGAC